AUGCGACUGUCGAUAUCAUGUGAUGCUUGCCGUCGGGCCAAGGUUAAAUGCAUUCACGGGGGUAGCCCGCCCUGUCAGCGAUGUCAAAAGACAAACAGUGAAGGAUGCGCCCUCACAGACCCGCGGGCCUCCAAACCAAAAGCCCGGAGAAACACUGUCGAGUCAGCAGUACCGCAGAAGCGAAGAAAAGUGUCACACCCUGUGCCCCCAACUGAGAGAAUUAGAACUCUCAGAGGGGCUCCUCGAAAUGCCUCGGAGGGCGAUGAGAAUCCCAUCUCGGCCUUGCCUCCAUCUAUCGUGAUCAGUGCAAUAGAAACUUACCGGAAGAAGUUCCCCGUGGCGAAUUUUCUUCAUUACCCUUCUCUGAUAUCUGACAUCUCUUCUAAUUUUGAUUCUGUGGAUCCGAUAUUCAUCGCAUCGCUUCUUUCCAUGUGCGUGCGUUUCAUGGCCGACGAUGAGCUCGAGAGCGAGGAGACUUACGCGGGCUAUGCUCGACAACAUCUGGCGCAGCGUGUGAUGGAGGCCCCUUCUCUUUAUCUUGCACAGUCGUUGGUGAUGAUUUCUUUCUAUGAAUGGGGCACCGGCCGACCGUACCAGGCUUGGAUGUACAGUGGCAUGGCCACCUACAUGAUCCAAUCGCUUCUCAAGAUGGCAGAUGACAGCAUGGAACACAAUCCACAAGAAUUCCACGCCUCCCAAACUCAGUACGAACAGCUCGUCCGGACCUAUUGGUGCUGCUUUGCGCAAGAUUGCGAGCUGAGCUCUGGGGCCAGGCAACACUUUGCCUUAUCUUUUUCCCAAAUCUCAGUUCCGCUUCCUAUCAGCGACCGAGACUUUACUUUCAACCAUUUACCGGAAAGGAGAUUGAUGCCUGCUGAUAUGAACAAAGGAUGUCCCUUGGCAAAUAAUCUGACCAUUGAGCACGGUCUGACGAUAGUCACGCGAGGAUUUGACAUCUUUGUGCGGAUUUUGAGAUUUGCAAAUGAGCAUCGACGAGACCUUUCCUCUAUAGGCUCAGAUGACUCGGCCACACCCCUGCAUCAAACUUGGCAGAAGCUCAAAGGGGAGUUAGAUGAAUGGAGAUCGCUGCAAGAUCAGACCGUCCGAUACCCUGACACUAGUGCCCAGGCACAUGUAUCUUUGGGAUACGGAGAAUUGUUUGCCUAUAUCAAUUUGCUCUAUUUUAUGAGCAUCCUCUUUCUCCACCGUGAUCGCUUUCUAUCUAAUCUCAAGCCUCACUCUGACGUCUUUCACGAUAUGGACGAAAACGACGACUACGAGCCCCAUACAAUCAAGCAACUUUUUGAGGCUGCGCAACACAUCAGCGGAGUAUUGUCAGCACUAGAAUCUUCGGAAGCGCCAGUAAUGACCCCUUAUUCCGGAUUUAGCGUGUUUGUCGCGGCGCAUAUCAAUAUGUACGGGACGAUCGCGCCAAUGAGAUACCCGGGCGGACUGGAACGAGCCGAAGACGAAAAGGGUAGAAAUCUUGUCUACCUUGAAAGACUAAGCCGCUUAUGGCCAGUGGGUCGAAGCUGGUGGAGAACAGUUCAGGAGGCCAAUCGGUUCUACGAAACUGUGAAAAACUCCCAGGCACAUGCCGAGGUAGGCAUGCACAGUCCAAGGCGAUUUGCACUAGCCGGAAAAUUAGACGAAUACGGCGAUAUACGAUCGCGGCCUAAUCGUGAUUCGCAGACCGUGAGGUCGAUCAGCACCGAGCCCCGAGACGCGCAUCAAAUUGCAGCCCCCGGGCCGGAGGGCGAAGGGGCCGACUUUGCACGAGAUGCCGCUGCGUUCGGAGGUCAUGAUUUCGAGACGGAUAUGUUUCAGUGGCCGUUCAUUGAUGGGUCUUGGUCGGCUGGGUUCGACGCGGGACUGGAUGGGCUGUGGCACAACUCGGGCUUGUUCGAUCCCAAUCCAACAAUGAGAUAG